AUGCAAUUACAAGCCAGCUACUCAACAUUUUCCGCUAUUCGGAUUGCCGAUUUCGGUUGCAUGUUCAUAAUACUUGGAACAGAUGUCAACACUAAGGAACAGUUCGUGACUCUUUCAGCAAGUAAUACCCACUUUUCAUGCCCAUGGGAAAAUGUUUCAGUUCCUGUGAUAUUGAUUUCUGGUUCAGAGGCUACGUUUGUAAUGCUUGUUGCUUUUCAUCUGCUCGUUUCAAGUACGAUCAAAUCUUUGGCCAAAGGAAAUAGUAUUGUUGUCUUUGAGCCAAAUCCCACCUUUGCUGCAAUUUUAUCGAAAGAAGCGGCUCGCAAGAAUUUGAAUGUUGUGUUUAUUACGAGUGGCAUUGUACCUAGCGAUUCUUCCUGGCUGGAGAUCCAAUAUGCCACACCAGAGCAAGCUAUACGUCGUUUGCUUCCCAACAGAGUUUCUAUCUACCUAGAUUUCUCCACCGGUUUCAAGAGUAGAUCGGUCGGGCAGCGAAUCCGCUCUCAGUUGCCGCUGCAUUCCAAAUACGAAAACGUCGAUACAAUGUUUGGUCGAGAUUCAUGGACUCCUCUUGGGUUUGAAGUUGAUGAUAUUUGUAGCCAGCUGCAAGAUGCUGCUGUUCAUGCUAAAGACACUCUGAUUGAGAGUAAUAUAGAAGCAAAAUUUCAGCUUCCUGCUAUAAUAUCAAGCGAUAUUAUAGGUCCUGACAGCAUAUUGGCACCACUGUCAAUUGUGAGAUGGGUGAUUGAAUCUGAAUUUUCGGUCCGAGUGCAGCCAGUAGAUUCAUUGCCACUGUUUUCCGAGUCGAAGACCUAUUGGCUAGCAGGUCUUAGUGGAGGACUAGGACUAUCACUUUGCGAGUGGAUGGCUCAUCAUGGAGCUAAACAUAUUGUUAUUUCAAGCCGAGCGCCUAAUAUUCAAAAUUCCUGGCUAGAAAUGAUGAAUACCGCGGGUGUUACCAUAAAAUUAUUUUCAUGCGACAACACUAAUAAGGACGAGGUAACAAAUCUUGACGCCUUUAUAUGCUCCAAUCUUCCUCCAAUUGCUGGUAUCGCUCAGGGAGCAAUGGUCUUACAGGACACGGCUUUGAGUGACAUGACUUUUGACGUGCUGUCUAAAGUCACCCGACCGAAGGUUGAAGGAAGUAUUCAUCUUAACAAUCUAUUUCAAGAAGACACACUCGACUUUUUCGUCUUCUUCUCGUCAUUUUCGGCUGUGGUUGGAAGCCCUGGACAAGCAAAUUACUCAGCGGGUAACCUUUUCAUGACUAGCCUCGCUGAGCAGCGGCGUCGGCGUGGCCUAGCUGGUUCGGUUAUCAACAUUGGUCCUAUUCUUGGAGUUGGCUAUAUUGCACAGCAGAAAAUCGCUGCUAAAGCUAUAGAUGCACGAUCUUGCGAAUAUAUACCAUUAUCAGAGCGCGAUUUUCAUCAGCUGCUCGCAGAGGCAGUGAAAUCAGGACGUCCCAAUUCUGGACGAGAAAUUGAUAUUACAGCUGGAGCUAGAAUGGUCAGUCACCAAGAUAAAGAGCAACCUGGUUGGGCACUUAAUCCGAUAAUGAGCCACUACGUCUUGAACGAUGAGCCAGGAGCCACCGAAAUCCGCAGUUGGUUCAUUAAGACUUUCGAAGUCAACAUUCCGGUGCUACAAAUUCUUAGUGGUGCUGCAGUAGGCGAAUUGAUCUCUAUAGCGACAGACAAAAUUUCUUCAUCCCUGGUUCUAAAUAUGCAGGCAGAAAUUUCCAGCGUAGCGAUCCAAGAUGCUUCAGAGUUCCAGAUGAUUGACUCAGUAGUGAAGCGGGUACAUAAUGAUGAGGACUCUGCAGCGACCCACAGUCCCGCUGUAUCCAUAUUUGAAGACCAGCUUUCUUCCGCCUCAUCGGCCAACUCACCAAGGGUAGAUUCCAGUAUUGAGCCCUCUAAUUUUGACAUCCCAGAGCCCACCUUGCUGAAAUCGGUGAGGCUCUCUCUUAGCCAAGAAAUGUUUUGGUUUGUAUUCUCUCUUCUACAAGACAAAACAAGCCUCAACCACAGCGCUUCAUUCCGAUUGAACGGUGACCUUCAUAUAGAAGAUCUCAAGCUGGCAGUUUAUGCGAUAGGCAGACAGCACGAGACUAUCAGGACUUGCUUCUUCGAGGAUAACAAUAAACCGAUGCAAGGAAUCAUGAAAUCGAGUAAUCUUCAUCUUGAACAGAGACACAUAUCAGAUUUAGGAGAUGUCGAGCUGAUCAGAGACCAAUUACAUAACUAUGUUUUUGAUCUAAAACGUGGCGACACAAUCCGCAUCCAACUUUUAUCGUUUUUGCCGACUAUCCAAGCAGUCUGCCGUCGUUAUAGAGUUACAGCAUUUCACUUCUAUCUCGCCGUUUUUAGGGCCUUGUUAUCGCGAUAUACCGACGCUGAAGAUGUCUCCAUAGGUAUCGGUGACGCCAACCGCCUCGAGAAAGAGACCAUGGGUAGUAUUGGCAUGUUUCUGAAUCUGCUACCUCUUCGAUUCCGCACGUCAACAUCAUCUCAUUUCUCUAUGAUUCUCGAAGAGACACGCUCCAAGGUGUAUACUGCGCUUGCAAAUUCACGCGCACCAUUUCAGGUCCUGCUAAAUGAGCUAAACGCGCCGCGCUCGUCGGCAUAUACCCCCAUAUUCCAGUGUUUUGUUAAUUAUCGACAAGGUCAGAAGGAAAAAACUCUCUGGGCUGGCUGUGAGCUCGAGAUGUUGUCAUUUUGCGCUUCCAGAUCGGCCUAUGAUCUUGCCCUGGAUAUCAUCGACAAUGCAGAUGGUGAGACUCUGCUUAUGUUCUCGGGGCGAAAAGAUCUCUACGAUGGAUAUGCAAUGCAGACCCUCAUGGGUAGCUACAGGGAAUUAGUGAAGUCUUUCGCUUAUGACCCCGAAGUUCUUUUAAGUCAGCCUUCACUCUUCAAGGCAGUAGAGAUUGACAAGGCCAUGAAAUUCGGUCGAGGUCCCGCACAUACCUCUGCAUGGCCUGAGACUAUCGUCCAUAGAAUCGAUGAUCUUACAAUGUUAAAUCCACAAGAUCCUGCCGUAUCUUUUGAAAACGGCGCUGCUAUCACAUAUUCGUCUUUGCUAGAUCACUCGAAUUCAAUUGCGGUGGCAUUGCAGUCUGCUAAUGUUACCGCGGGCGAUAUUGUAGCGACUCUACAGGAGCCUACUGCUGCGUGGAUUGCAUCUAUUCUAGGUAUCUUACGCAUUGGAGCAGUAUAUCUGCCACUAGACCUAUCCAUGUCGUGGGACCGCUCAGUUACUAUCGUGCAAGAUUGCAGACCAACUAUUGUCCUUGUAGACAACGAUACCGAGGAGCAUUGGUACAAACUAUGCAGACCUGAAAUAGGGAUUAUAAAUGCACAGAAACUUGAAUUAGGAAAGCCCCAUGUCGACAUUUCUGCUUCAUCCGACAAUGCAGCCAUGAUUCUCUAUACGAGUGGAUCUACUGCGGAAGCCUCCGAGUCUCUUUUAAAUUGGGACAAAGAAACAGCAUUGCCACCAUCUUUAAAGAAGCUGGCAGUUAGCGACAUUCAGAUAGCUCAGCCUACUGAGUCCGACAAAGUAAUCGUGCUGACUGGGGCAAGUGGAUUCCUGGGCCAGGCACUUCUAGCCUCCCUAGAUUCAGAUACACGAGUCAAAAAUAUUCAUUGCAUUGCGGUUCGUAAAGCAAUUAGCCAAGAAUCUAUCCCACGUUUUGCCAAGGCCGUGAUUCACCAAGGAGAUUUGAAUCUUCCGCGUCUCGGGCUUUCGGAGCAUAGUGCGCAGGCAAUAUUUUCCUGCGCCACUGUGGUCAUCCACAACGGUGCUGAUGUCUCGUAUCUGAAGGGGUACUCAUCCCUUCGAAUUGCAAACCUGCAGUCUACCAAAGAGCUUGCGGCUCUUUGUCUUCCGCGAUUAAUCCCUUUCCAUUAUGUUUCUACUGCAGGAGUGGCCAUGUUUGCAACAGGCGCUCUCGGUCCCGACAAUCAGUUUGCUACGGCUUCAGCUGCCUUUUAUCCGCCACCUCUCAACCUCUCACUUUCCGAAUCCGGCCACAAUUACAUAGCCAUGACAGCUUCUAAAUGGGCCAGUGAGCAAUUUCUUGAGCGUAUGGUGAUGGAAAAAUUCCCCGCGUGGCCUAUUUGUAUCCACCGACCUAGUUUGAUCGAGCGAAAAGAUGAAUCUGGUGCUGGGCUCGACAUUGUGAGCAAUUUGCGUUAUUAUACACAACAGUUACAUGCUGCACCAGUUAUCAAUAUCGGUAUUUCCGUACGUGGGAUCUUGCAAGCUGCACUUGAUGAACCUAAUAUUGAGGGUUUUUCAAGUGCUAGUAAGACUCGUUUCUUACAUCAUCUGGGCGAUGUGUCACUUCCUUUGGGUGAUAUACGAUCAUGGGUGGCUCAAGAUGGGGAUAGAGGUACGGCUGUAAUGAUUGAGGAGUUGCCUAUUGAUGAAUGGACAAGGAAAGCUGGCGAGUGUGGCAUGAAUAAGAUGGUUAUUACACUGCUUGAGAGCUUAAUUGGUGGAACUGAUGUUGUAUUUCCGGAAUAUGACUAG